UUUGUGGUAUACGUCGUGAUGAUCUCAGUGCACGCGCGCGGAGGGACGGACGGAGGAGCCGUGCGCGCUCCCGACCCGCACUGUUUCUGUGAGAGAAGCGGCGUCCUCAAAACUUUUCCCUGACGGAUAAUUCAUGACAUAAACAAGCGUAUUCGUGAAGGGAUUCCUGGAGUCAGCCAUGUUCAAGGCCGUGCUGAAGAAGAGCAGAGAUGGUGCGAAAAACAGAAAGGAUGCAGGAGAGCCGUACCUCCUCAGUGCCCAGCGCAGGUAUCCCGGCGGUGGGAUGCAGGAUCCCGCUGGUGUCCAUCCGUUCCCGCCCGCAGACGAAGUCCUCAGACUCAGCUUGGCUAAAGGGGUCUCCAUGUCCCUCCCAUCAUCCCCUCUCUUGCCACGACAGACAAAUAUGAUGGCGGCUCGCCCGUGCAAGAAGUCUCCAGGACCCAUCAGAAAGCCCAAGUAUGUGGAGAGUCCUCGCGUUCCUGGAGAUGCGAUCACGUCGUCGCUGAGGAAGCUUCCUGAUGGUGAGACUGGCCCCUCCCCCGCCGCUCAGGAGUUGAUGACACGCUUGGGGUUCUUGCUGGGCGAAGGCAUCCCGGGCUCCACACGCAUACCUAUGGACGACAAGAAUGAAAAAAAGUGUCCAGUAAUAAAUCAGGGAAUCAGUCCAUGUUCCACUCUGACCAGCAGCACAGCGUCUCCGUGUACGGACAGUCCCUGCUCCACCUUAAACAGUAACAGCGGCCGUCCGGUGUGUGGAACCCUCCUCAGCCCCAGCUCCACCCUCGAGAGCAAAGACAGCGGUAUCAUUGCCACCAUCACCAGCUCUUCAGAGAAUGAGGAGCGCAGCGGCUCCAGUCUGGAGUGGGGUAAAGAGGGCCGUGUAAGGAGCUGCGCUCAGCAUGUGCGGCCAGACACAUGCUCUCCGGUGGCCGAGGAGGAAGUGUCAGCAUCCGGGACACGGGUACGGAGCAUCUCCACGGCUAAGAAGACUUCAGGAGCCACAGAAUCUGAGGGCCCUGUCCUGUAUCACAUGCAGAACUCGUCCAGUCUGAUGAUGCCUCGGCCGAACUCAGUGGCAGCGACGAGCUCCACUAAGCUGGAGGAUCUGAGCUAUCUUGAUGACCAGAGAAACACCCCCCUGCGUACGUCCAUCCGCCUGCCCUGGCACAACACCGGGGGCAGAGUUCCACACGACAAAGCCCGCUUUGCUCCGUACAAGCCCACUGACAUCAUGCUCAAGCCGCUGCUGUUUGAGGUUCCCAGCAUCACCACUGACUCUGUGUUCGUGGGCCGUGAUUGGCUGUUCCAGCAGCUGGAGGAUGACCUGAGACCCAGCGAAUUGGGAGAGAGCCUCGGGUCCAUCAUUGUGGGCAAUGUGGGCUUCGGCAAAACGGCCAUCAUCUCCCGCCUGGUGGCCCUCAGUUGCCAUGGCGGCCGCAUGCGACAGAUCGCAUCCAACAGCCCGAGCGCAUCUCCCAAAAAUGGGGAGCUGAGUUCAGAUCUGCCUCUGAGUCAGCCGCCUCACCCGACCCCUUCACCCAGCACCAACACCCUGCGAUCCAGCGGCUGUCCCGACACACCGGAGCUACAGCGGCGCCGCGAGGAGGCCGUCACACGCCUGGCUGCCAAGGUGGUGGCGUAUCAUUACUGUCAGGCUGAUAACACGUACACGUGUCUGGUUCCUGAGUUUGUGCACAGCGUGGCUGCUCUCCUGUGCCGAGCGCAUCAGCUGAGCGCAUACAGAGAGCUGCUGCUGAAAGAGCCUCACCUGCAGAGCAUGCUCAGUCUGCGCUCCUGUGUGCAGGACCCCAUGGCUGCCUUCCGCAGGGGCAUCCUCCAGCCCCUCGUCAACCUGCGCAAAGAGAGGAAGAUUGCGGAGGAAGAUUGCAUCAUCUUGAUUGAUGGGCUGAACGAGGCGGAGUUUCACAAACCAGACUAUGGUGACACCGUCGCCUCCUUCAUCAUCAAGAUCGUCUCCAAGUUCCCCAACUGGCUCAAACUGAUCGUCACUGUGAGAACAAGCCUUCAGGAGAUCACCAGUCUGCUGCCCUUCCCCAAGAUCAGUCUGGACGAGUUCCCAGACAACAAGGAGAUGGGGACGGACCUGAACGCUUACAUCCAGCACCGCAUCAACACCAGCCAGAACAUCCUCAACAACAUCUCCCUCAACGCCAAAGCAGACCCCGUCAUCGUGGGCAGAGUCAGCUCCCACCUCAUCUCCCGCAGCCAGGGCUCCUACCUGUACCUCAAGCUGACCCUUGACCUCUUUGAGAAGGGUCAUCUGGUCAUCAAGAGCGCCGGCUACAAGGUGGUCCCCGUCUCUUUGUCGGAGCUCUACCUGCUGCAGUGCAACAUGAAGUUCAUGAGCAUCUCCGCGUUCGAGCGCGCCGUUCCCGUUCUCAACGUGGCACUGGCGUCCCUUCACCCCAUGACGGACGAGCAGCUGUUUCAGGCGCUGAACGCGGGCAGCGAGCGAGGAGAGCUGCUGUGGGACGACUUCCAGCAGAGGAUGGAGACGCUCUCGUGUUUCCUCAUCAAACGCAGGGAUAAGACACGGAUGUUCUGCCACCCGUCCUUCAGAGAGUGGCUGGUGUGGCGAGCGGAUGGAGAGAGCUCUGACUUCCUGUGUGACCCCAGGAGUGGACAUGCACUGAUGGCCUUCAUGUUGUCAAGGCAGGAGGAAAAGUUAAACAGGCAGCAGACGAUGGAGUUGGGACACCACAUCCUGAAAGCACACAUCUUCAAGGGUCUGAGUAAGAAGAGCGGUGUGUCGUCCAGUGUUCUUCAGGCUUUAUGGAUCAGCUCUAGCACUGAUGGUCUUUCUGCUGCUUUAGCCUCUCUUAGGAACCUCUACACACCCAAUGUCAAGGUGAGCCGUCUGCUGAUGCUGGGUGGAGCCAAUGUCAACUACCGUACGGAGGUGUUGAACAACGCCCCGGUCCUCUGUGUCCAGGCUCACCUGGGCCAUCAGGAGAUGGUCAGCCUGCUGCUGGAGUUCGGAGCAAACGUGGAUGUGGUUUCAGAGAAUGGCAUGAGCUCCUUGUGUUACUCAGCAUCCGCUGGUCACCUGGAGCUGGUCAGCCUUCUCUGUAAGAGAGGAGCCACGGUGGAUCACGUGGAUAAGAGUGGUCAGUGUGCGCUGGUGCAUGCGGCCCUGCGGGGUCAUUCAGAGGUCAUCGAGUGUCUGCUGGAGAUGAGCUGGAGCGCUGAGGGUCAACACGACCUGAGCCUGAAGAACAGAGCCCUGCAGCAGGGGCUCAUCGCCGCCUGCAGUAUGGGACACAUUCAUGUGCUGGAAGCCUUGUUGGCGUUGAAUAAUGAACUGGAGGUGCAGAUUGAUGCCCACGACACACUGUGGGGCGAAACAGCUCUGACUGCGGCCGCAGGACGGGGGAAGAUGGAGGUGUGCAGCUUUCUGUUGGAGCGGGGGGCGCAGGUUCAGCAGGUGAACAGGAGAGGAGCGUGUGCCCUGUUCUGCGCCGUCCGUCAGGGACACUGGCAGAUUGCAGAUCUGCUGCUGCAGCAUGGGGCGGAUGUGAAUGUAAGUGAUAAACAGGGCCGAACGCUGCUGAUGGUGGCUGCAUGUGAGGGGCAUCUCAGCACGGCCGACUUCCUGUUGUCUAAAGGUGCAUCUUUAGGGUCGGUGGAUAAGGAAGGGUUAACUCCGCUCAGCUGGGCGUGUUUAAAAGGACACAAGAACCUUGUUCAGUUUUUGGUGGAGAAGGGUGCAGUUAUUGACCACUCGGACAAGAAUGGACGCACUCCACUGGACCUGGCGGCUUUCUACGGAGACGCAGACAUCGUUCAUUAUCUGGUUGAGAAGGGGGCUGUGAUUGAACAUGUGGACUACAGUGGCAUGAGGCCGCUGGAUCGAGCCAUCGGCUGCAGAAACACCUCAGUGGUGCUGACCUUACUGAAGAAAGGAGCCAAACUAGGUAACGCAGCCUGGGCGAUGGCGACCUCCAAACCCGACAUCCUCCUCAUCCUCCUGCAGAAGCUGAUGGAGGAAGGCAACCUGCUGUAUAAGAGGGGGAAGAUGAAGGAAGCGGCUCAGCGCUAUCAGUACGCACUCCGGAAGUUUCCCAGAGAGGGAUUCGCUGAUGAACUCAAGGCCUUUAAGGAGCUGCGUGUGUCGUUGUACCUCAAUCUCUCCCGCUGCCGCCGGAAAACCAACGACUUUGGAUUGGCGGAGGAGUUUGCAACCAAGGCUUUACAGCUCAAACCAAAAUCGUACGAGGCGUACUAUGCUCGAGCCAGAGCCAAACGCAGCAGCAGACAGUUUAGCGCAGCGUUAGAUGACCUGCACGAGGCCACGAAGAUCUGUCCCAACAACCGCGAGAUCUGUCGUCUGCUGGCGCGCGUCGAGGACGAGUGUAAACAGAUGCAGAGCAAACACCUGAGCAGCCCAGAGCACGCCGAUCCAGAGCAGGACGACAGGACGGAGCGAAUCCAUGACGAGGAAGAGGAGGAGGAUGACGACUCUGAAGCCUGGUCUCAAAACAUGUACUCACUAAACCAGACAUCAAACGGACGCUCGGUUUCACCGCCUCACAGACACCAGAAGAGCCUCGUCCUGCAGCCCAGCAAACAGGCACAGAUCGUCAAAACCAACCAGCAUCUGGGAUCCUUACAAGCAGGAUCCACAAGACCAACACACACAAAAAACCAAUCACAGUAUGCUCCGUCCAGCCCCAUUCCCAGCCGCCACAUAUCCACUGUGCUAAAGGACGGACCAGACAUCGACAUCAGCCCUUUACUGCCCGCAAACAACCACACAGACAUCCAAGUGCACUCCUCCAAAACUCAGUCUCUAGAAGGGACGCUUCUUUCCAUGACUUCUGGAGCUCCAAGUCAAGAGCUGAGAAAAGACCCCAGCAUGAGGGUCUCCAGCUCCACCAGCAGCCUGGCGUCCAGCAGCAGUUUAUCAGACAGCGGGAAAGCGCAAGGCCCGGACAUGCGCACCAGAACCACAUCGGACAAGCCUAAGAUCAGCCAGACCGGCUCUGUGGAGUACAAACCCCGUCCGUUCAUGGGAAUCAUGCACAAGACGGCUCGAUUUCAGCAGCAGCAGCAGCCGGUGGGGUCUCGAGGCUGGCAGAGUCACUCCACUGAAGGACUCGUGACUUCUGCAGGUCUGAUGGGUGAGAUCGUGUACGGCAAACCGUCCGGAGCUUAUUACGAGCCGCUCAAGGGUCCCGCCCUGCACAACGGGAGUCUGCAUGCUAAAGAGUUCUGCCAUAAAGAAAGCAAACCGGUUCUGACCAUGACACAUUCAUACAUGGACAGUGUGAGCAAACAGUCCAGCUCAACUCGAGAAAACCACUCCAGUCAUGUAGCGGCAAUCAAACCAAAGAGAUCCUUUAUAGAGUCCAAUGUUUAGGACGUUUAUAUGCAGUGACCCUAGAAAACACCCUUCAGAUGAAGGGAUCUGAUCUGAGGAUGAUUCCAGCCCCUGUAUAUAUAUAUAUAUAUAUAUAUAUAUAUAUAUAUAUAUAUAUAUAUAUAUAUAUAUAUAUAUAUGUAGACACGUCCUUUGAUUUCAACAUUGAUCAUAAUCAGAAAUGUUUCUUGAGCAGUAAAUCAGCAUAUUUUUAAUGAUUUCUGUAGGAUCGUGUGACACUGAAAACUGGGGGAAUGAUGCUGAAAAUACAGCGGAGCAUCACAGAAAUAAAUUACAGUUUAACAGAUAUUCUCACAGAAAACAGUUGUUUUUCAAUUGUAAUAUUUCACAAUCCUAACUGUAUUUUUGAUCAAAUAAAUGCAGCUUUGGAGAGACUUCGUUCAAAAAUAAUAAAAAAUCCUUGGCGUUCCAAACUUUUGAAAGUUAGUUGUAUGAAUAUGAUAAAUCAUAGAUAUAAAAACAAUACACAACACAAUCAAUCAAAAAGUUCAUGAUACAAAAUACAGUGUCAAAAACGUUUACACACAUUUCAUCUCUAUUUUCCAUGUUGUAGAAUAAUAGUUUCAACUCACCCAUUUUAAUUAAAAUGUAAGUUUUAUAAAGAAAUUCAUAUGUAAGGACAAUUUACAUUUGUCUAUAAAAAAAAAAAUCAAAGCCAUUAGAUCAAAAGGUUUGACAGAUCUCAAAGUAAUAAUAUAUAUGUGUGUGUGUAUUUGUGUUUGUAUGUAUGUAUGUAUAUUGUAUAUGCGUGUAUGUAUAUAUGUGUAUGUAUAUACACACAUAUAUACAUGUAUAUACACGUAUAUAUAUACACACACACACAUAUAUACAGUACAUACACACACACACACACACAUAUAUAGCUUUUAUAUCUAAAAAGAUUUGGAGCAUUUAUAAACACAAUAUUCACUCAGAAAUAUAUUAAAUGUAAAUUCUGAAGUUCAGACUUCUGUAAGUUAAGUUCAAACUUUUUAUGAAUCUGUUCCUACUCGUGUUUUCUUUAAGCCCUUUGAACAUGGAAUAUUUCAGGAUUAUUAUUAUUGAUUUUUUAAGCCCUUCUGAAGACCAUAACAGAUGGUAAACACCUGAAGCGGGGCUCGAUCACUGCGUCACACUGAAUCCGAGGAUCCCAUUGAGAACUGAUCCUGUGCAUAAAGGGUUAAUGUUGCCAGACCAGACCCUCCCCUAUGGACUGUAAAUAUUAUUGCAAUCUGUAUUUACCACCUUGUGUUUGAAGAUGGUGUAUUUGACCAUUUAUAAAAAAUAAAAAUAAAAAAGAGGAUUGAGUUUUUCAUGCAUUUUUGGUUUAUGUCAUGUUUGCGGUUGCUAAACUCGUAGCUGGUCUGUUUGUACAUUACAUUUGAAGUCUGUUCUUUCCUGCUUGUUAUUCCUGUCUAGAUUAAUUUAUUCACAGCGCCUCCUGCUUGGUAUCUGUCAAAGCAAUAUAUUUUAUAUAGUUAUUUUUGCACAGCUACUUUUAAAAGAAAUAUGAAACCGAGAUGUUUUGCAAAACUAUUGAAGGCAUCUUGAUACGAGCGCCUGCUAAAGUUUAUGUGAAGGAAGUGGAGAAAAAAUAUGAAAAAUCAAGUUUGAUAUGGGCAGAUGUUGUAUUUGAAAUGUGUAUAUAUAUUUUUUUCUGCAACUGGUGCCUUCAGAGUUGUGACUGCAUUCUGUAUUAAAAUACAUUUCUGCCAUGAUCCGUUUAUGGGAAAUAAAAAAAUCCCACAGGAAAAAAA